UUUUCAAACAGUUCAUUUUUCGAGACUGAGCUGCAACGACGACGACCCACGACGAACGGACGCCCGACAGACCACAAAAAAGAGAGCGAGCGACAGCGAGCGAGCGGUGGAGGAGCUGCUGGAAGAAAAUAACUGUAUCUCGCUCAAUUCGCACUGAAGUGAUAAAAACAACAGACAAUCUCGAAAUCAAAGUCGAAAAGAUUGCAAAUCACGACGAGAUGGUGUCUCUGGGCUUUUUGUUCGUAAGCCUCCUUUUGGGUAUAUCCUGCAUCAAUGGGUUUAUCAUCAAGGAGGACGAGUCCUUCCUGCAGCAGCCGCACUAUAGCAGCCAGGAGCAGCUGGAGGAUCUGUUCGCCGGCCUGGAAAAGGCCUAUCCGGAUCAGGCCAGGGUGCACUAUUUGGGCCGUUCGUUGGAGGGCAGAAACCUGCUAGCUCUGCAAAUCUCUCGGAAUACCCGGUCUAGGAAUCUCCUAACUCCCGUCAAGUACAUAGCCAAUAUGCACGGCGACGAGACGGUGGGCAGACAGCUCCUCGUCUACUUGGCCCAAUAUCUUCUCGGGAACUACGAACGGAUCAGUGAACUGGGACAGCUGGUCAACAGCACGGACAUCUAUCUGAUGCCCACCAUGAACCCAGAUGGCUUUGCGUUGUCCCAGGAGGGCAACUGCGAAUCGCUGCCUAAUUAUGUGGGUCGUGGCAAUGCGGCCAAUAUCGAUUUGAAUCGCGAUUUCCCCGAUCGCCUGGAACAAAGUCAUGUUCACCAGUUGCGAGCCCAGUCCCGUCAACCGGAAACGGCGGCCCUCGUCAAUUGGAUCAUCAGCAAACCGUUUGUGCUCUCUGCCAAUUUCCAUGGCGGAGCCGUGGUGGCCAGUUAUCCCUACGAUAACUCCUUGGCCCACAACGAAUGCUGUGAGGAGAGUUUGACCCCAGAUGAUCGGGUCUUCAAGCAGUUGGCCCACACUUAUUCGGACAACCAUCCCAUUAUGAGCAAGGGCAAUAAUUGCAACGACAGCUUCUCGGGCGGCAUCACCAACGGAGCCAAUUGGUACGAGUUAUCCGGCGGCAUGCAGGACUUCAACUAUGCGUUCAGCAACUGCUUCGAGCUGACCAUCGAGCUGUCCUGCUGCAAAUAUCCGGCGGCCAGCACAUUGCCCCAAGAGUGGCAGCGCAACAAGGGAUCACUGCUGCAGCUGUUGCGUCAGGCGCAUAUCGGAAUCAAGGGUCUGGUAACGGAUGCCAGUGGCUUUCCCAUAGCCGAUGCCAAUAUCUAUGUGGCCGGACUGGAGGAGAAACCGAUGCGCACCUCCAAGCGGGGCGAAUACUGGAGGCUUUUGACACCGGGCCUCUACAGCGUGCAUGCUGCCGCCUUUGGCUACCAGACCAGUGCCCCCCAGCAAGUGCGAGUGACCAACGAUAACCAGGAGGCCUUGCGCCUGGACUUCAAACUGACGCCCGUUGAGACGAACUUUGAUGGCAACUUCCGGAAGGUGAAGGUGGAACGCUCGGAGCCCCCGGAGAAGCGCAAGGAGCAGUUCAAUGGAUUCCUCACCCCCACCAAGUUCGAACACCACAAUUUUACGGCCAUGGAGAGCUACCUGAGGGAGAUUUCCGCCAGCUAUCCUUCGCUGACCCGCCUCUACAGCAUUGGCAAGAGUGUCCAGGGCCGUGACCUUUGGGUGCUGGAGAUCUUCGCCACCCCGGGAUCCCAUGUCCCAGGAGUGCCGGAGUUCAAGUACGUGGCCAAUAUGCAUGGCAACGAGGUGGUGGGCAAGGAAAUGCUCUUGCUCCUCACCAAGUACAUGCUGGAACGGUAUGGCAACGACGAUAGGAUAACCAAGUUGGUGAACGGCACCAGGAUGCACUUCCUGUACAGCAUGAAUCCCGACGGCUACGAAAUGUCCAUCGAAGGCGAUCGAACCGGCGGAGUUGGUCGGGCAAAUGCUCACGAUAUUGAUUUGAACAGAAAUUUCCCCGAUCAAUAUGGCACGGAUAGGUUCAACAAGGUGACGGAGCCGGAGGUGGCUGCUCUGAUGAACUGGACACUGUCAUUGCCAUUCGUACUGUCCGCCAACCUGCACGGAGGCUCCUUGGUGGCCAACUAUCCGUUCGACGACAACGAAAAUGAUUUCAACGAUCCGUUCAUGCGACUAAGGAACUCGAGCAUCAAUGGACGCAAGGCGAAUCCCACGGAGGACAAUGCCCUGUUCAGGCAUCUGGCCGGGGUCUAUGCCCAGGCGCAUCCCACCAUGCACUUGGGCCAGCCGUGCGAGCUCUUCCACAACGAAUACUUCGCCGAUGGCAUCACGAACGGUGCUCAGUGGUACAGUGUCACGGGGGGAAUGCAGGACUGGAAUUAUGUGAGGGCCGGCUGCCUGGAGCUAACCAUCGAAAUGGGUUGCGAUAAAUUCCCGAUGGCCGCGGAGCUGCCCCGCUACUGGCAGGAUAAUCGGGAGCCCUUGCUGCAGUUCAUCGAGCAGGUUCAUCACGGCAUCCACGGAUUUGUGCACAGUACGAUUGGCACUCCGAUCGCCGGAGCUGUUGUUCGUUUGGAUGGGGCCAACCACUCGAGCUACAGUCAAACCUUUGGCGACUACUGGAAGUUGGCCCUGCCGGGUCGACACAACCUCACCAUCUUGGGCGACAACUAUGCUCCGCUGCGGGUGGAAGUCGAGGUGCCCGAGGGCGAACCGUUCGAGAUGCGCAUGGACGUCACUCUGAUGCCCGAUGAUCCGCAGCACUGGGCCUCCGCCAAUGACUUCAGGAUCAUCGAGAACGUGGUCAACACACGGUACCACACCAAUCCGGAGAUUCGUGCCCGACUGGCCGAGCUGGAGAACCAGAACGGUCAGAUCGCCAGCUUUGGUUAUGCCGAUAAUGAGUUUAGCAGAUACUUCAACUACCUCAAGAUGACCUCUGAUAUUGGCGAGCCCGAGGAGCACAAGUACAAGUUGCUGGUGGUGAGCUCCCUGUACGACACAGCCGCUCCUUUGGGCAGGGAAAUUGUGCUCAACCUGGUCCGUCACCUCGUCGAGGGCUUCAAGGUGCAGGAUGUCUCGGUGGUCGAGCUGCUGAAGCGCAGUGUUAUCUACUUCCUGCCGCAGACCAACAGGUUCCACGACGUCUUCGAAAUGUACAACGUCAACUCCUCCAUUUGCGAUCCCGUGCUGGGCGAUGAGCUGGCUGAACGUAUCUUGAACCCGGAAACCGAUCAGGCCAAGGACAUGUUUUUGCAGUUCCUGCGAAGCGAACGCUUCGACUUGAUGCUAACCUUCGGCGCCGGCAGCUCCGAGUUGAGUUACCCCAAGGGCGAUUCGGUGCUGGAGAAGUUCGCCCACGGAAUGCAGCGAACGGAGUUCAACUACUCGCCCCUUCAGUGCUCACCAUCGGCGACAAGGCAGGCGCAUCGGGAGACCACGGAGCGGUUGACCAAUUUGAUGUACCGCAUGUACAACCUGCCCGUUUACACACUGGGCAUCUCCUGCUGCCGGAUGCCGCACCACAAGAAAAUCGCCUCCGUGUGGCGCAAGAACAUCGAUAAAAUCAAGAACUUCCUGUCACUGGUGAGGACCGGAGUGAGUGGCUUGGUGCAGAACGACAAGGGUCAACCGCUGAGGGAGGCCUUUGUGCGGCUGCUGGAGCACGAGAGGAUCAUCAACGUGACCAGGAAUGCGGCGCGAUUCCAGUUGAUGCUGCCCCAUGGUCUCUAUGGCUUGGAGGUGACAGCCCCCAACUACGAAUCGCAAAUGAUCAAGGUGGAAGUGCACGAUGGCCAAAUCACGGAUCUGGGCAUCAUCCGAAUGCACGCAUUCACGCUGAUUCGCGGCGAGGUUCUCGAGUUGCCAAAUAAAGCGGGUGGAGCUACCACAAGCAUUUCGGGCAUGGUGUUGGACGAAAGCAACCAUCCGGUGCGCAAUGCCAAGGUCUCAGUGGUGGGUCAAACCCAGCUGAGGAACUUCACCAACAGCAUGGGACAGUACCACAUAUCGUCGGUGCCUUUGGGCUCUAUCAGCCUCAAGGUGGAGGCACCGCGUCACUUGGCGGCGGAGCGGCAAUUGCACCUGAAUCAGGGCGGCUUGGCCACCGAGAACGUAGUGUUCCAUCUGAAGGUUAACGAGCAUGUCUUCGGACUGCCGCGCUUCCUGUUCAUCCUGUUCGCCAGCAUUCUGAUCAUUGUGGGCGUCGUCGUCUGUGUGCUGUGCGCACAGUUUUGGUUCUACCGACGCCACAGGGGAAACAAGCCGUACUAUAACUUCUCACUGCUGCCCCAAAAGAGCAAAGAGCAGUUCGAUCUGGACGAUGAGGCCGGCGAUGAUGGCGAGACGGAGCUCUUCCGAUCGCCCAUUAAACGGGGCAUGACCAUUCAGCCGUACUUCGACGAGGAGCAGCUGGAGCGCAUCCUGCACACGGAUGACGAGGACGAUGAUGGGCCGCACAUGGAGCCGGAACUGGACAUCGCCGACGACAGCGGCGAUGAGAUAGUGAUGCUGCAUAAUCACGGGAACAAGCGCCGGCACUAGAUGUGCACCGAUUCCGUGAUUAACAACCAAUCUCAACGGUCCCGAACAUCAGGAACAACAACUUGAUCCAGGAUCCUUUGCAACCACACGACAACCACACACAACAUAACUGUGAUUCAAAACGUUUUCAAGAAAAACCAACGCAAGGCAUUGCUCUACCUUUUUUUAUUUUUGUGUAAUAUAUAUAUAUAUAUGUAUCCCUAAAGCGUAACUUAAUUAUUCAAUGUACAAUGAAACGAUUUACGCAUGCGCUUUAAUGUUAGUGAAGCUUGCACCUAGAAUGCAUCACAAUCGUCAGCUUUAAAAAGAGAAAGUUGUGCUCCAACCCACUCGGCGAAUCUCUCUUCCAUUCCCUUGUCCUUAUAGCCCGUUUAUUCAGAGUUUAUAUAUCUGUAUAUCUGUCCAGCCAGGAGAACUGUAAGCAUAACCGUAACUUAACUUAAGACUGAGAGCCUUGCAACUCUAGCAAAAAAGACGAAGGAAUGUAAGGAUAUGAAGAGAAAAAUUGAAUAGCGAAAUAUUGAAAUGUACUAUAUAGGAAAGACCCUUUAAAUGAUUUACUUAAGAAUCACAGCCAAAUGCAUACAGAGUGGUAUAACUUUGCUUUAUUUUUAAUAACUUUUUGCAAUUAUUAAACUUUUAUUUAUUUUCAUAAAUUUCUUGAAUUUUUUUUGCUUUUAUGGCUUUAAAUAAAAUACAAUUUUGAGUUUAAUAACUAUUUAAUAUUUAUUGGCAUAAAUUUAAACAACUGUAUGCAAAAUAUUGGAGAUUCCAUUCAUUUGGCUUUCAAAUUAAUUAUUACAAAAGCAGCUAGGAAAAAGAAAAAUCGAGUAGAUUCCUAAUUAAAAAUAAUCAUAACAUAACCAGUUAACAGCUUUUGUAAUAUUUUUUCUGGAUGCCUAACUUAUUGAAUACAAAUAUACACAAAAAAAAAAUAUAUAAAAAACAAUAUUAUUGUAUGCAUAUAAAUAUGUACUGCACGAUUUUAACUUAAUGAGCACUCAAAGACAAACCCGUAGUAAAUGAAGGAAAAAGGAGUAUUUUCCACAAGGUGCAGCAUUUACUUAUCUAUACAUAUAUAUACAUACUUAUAUCGUAUACAUAUCCACAAAUAUGGCAAUUAUAACUAUGUAAGCAACAAUCUGAAUAAAAUAAUAAUGUACCUACAAA